AUACACCUUGACCUGGUCGGACCCCUGCCACCCUCCAAUGGUAACAGUUACUUGUUUACGUGCAUCGACAGAUACACCAGAUGGGCAGAAGCAGUACCACUGGCGGAUAUUACAGCUGAAACUGUAGCUCGAGCUUUUGUUGAGCAUUGGAUUGCUCGAUUUGGUGUGCCUUCAAGAAUCACCACAGACCAAGGAAGACAAUUUCAGUCAUCGCUUUUCACGUCAUUAGCUCAAAUAUUGGGCACUCAUCAAAUUCGCACAUCUCCGUACCACCCAGCCAGCAAUGGAAUGGUCGAGCGCUUCCACCGCUCACUAAAACAAGCUUUGAUGUGCCACAGCAACAAGAGAUGGACUGAAACCCUACCGAUAGUACUCUUGGGUCUCCGCUCUGCUUUUAAAGAGGACUUGAAGUGUACAUCUUCAGAAUUAGUCUAUGGUACAACCAUAAGGCUUCCAGCAGACUUUAUCGCUCCAUCAACAACUACCAAAAAAGACUUGCCAGAAGAUUUUGUACAGCAGCUAAAAAAAGCUAUGCAAACUCUGACUCCGACUCCAGGUUCUGCCCACUGUGAACCAGGAACAUUUGUGCAUCGUUCAUUAUCUGAUUGCAGUCAGGUUCUAGUGCGUCACGGUGGAAUUAAAAGGUCUCUCCAACCUCCCUAUGAUGGACCCUACCAAGUACUUGAGCGCACCCCAAAACACUUCACUGUGCUCAUACAUGGCAAAAGAUGCACAAUUGGCAUUGAUCGCCUUAAGCCAUGUUUCUCGACAGCAUCAGACGAGGUGUUGACAGGACAAAAAGCAACCACUAGUGUAAACAUCAGUGAUUCUCUGGAUCCUACUCCAGAAGGCAAGGACCCUGUGAUCCAACCCCAGACCAUCACACGAUCUGGAAGGCAUGUUCGCUUUAACCCUCGCUACCUCUGA